ACACCGGCAGUUGAAACACAUGAGCUGUGUGGCAAGAAAUGUGACAAACCCGUGUGUCAACAAAGACACGUGUCAUGAGCGGGGAAGUUCCUCCCGGCCGCCGCGGUCGCUCCCGGCAAAGUCCCCUGAAUGUGUCACCGUGUUGGUCCCCCGCCCUGAUGGAGGAAGGAUUUCCCUUUCGCUUUCAGCUUUUAUCGCCUCAUAAACACUGAAAAACCAAACAACUCGUGUCUGUGUUUGGUCAUUCUCACUGAUAUUUGUAUUUGUGUUCCUACGUUAAGGUCUCGGUUGUGUUUCUAUUUCUCAGGUCUUUUUUUUUUAUUUGACUUUAUCCCCAGCCAUGCGGUCAGCGCUGGCUUUUAAAAAGCGGCUUUCUCUGGUGCCAAAAGCGAACAGAAUGGAUCUGCGUUGGCCUGACUCACUGAAGGAUUGGUGACACACGUGUGGAGAAGAGUUGAACAAAUCAGAUGACGAGAAGGUGAAGUAAACAGGAAGGUUAGGUUGAUGGGAGGAGAGUUGUGAGAUACAGGCUGUGUUCCUGGUCUCCUUGUGACACACGGGGUGCCUCCUUCAGAGAAGACGCCACAAUGACUGAUCCAAACACGUCGUCCUUUUUCGGAGACUUCAGCUCCAUUUACGACGAGCUGAACCUGACGUACAACUACACGGAGUUCUUCCUGGACCCGGCCACGCAGCCCUGCAACACCUACAGCCUCCCCAACGCCGUCACGCUGGCCGUCUGCGUCUUCUACGUCUCCAUCUUCCUGCUGGCCAUUCCCGGCAACCUGGUGGUGGGCUUGGUGAUCGGCCUGGGCAAGCAGGCGCUCACCCCCUCCGACCUCUACCUGCUCCACCUGGCGCUGGCCGACCUGCUGCUGGCCGUCACGCUGCCCUUCUGGGCCACCUCCGUCACGCAGGGCUGGGUGUUCGGCGACGCCAUGUGCAAGAUGGUCACCGUCCUGCAGGAGCUGAGCUUCUACUCCAGCAUCCUGUUCCUCACCUGCAUCAGCGUGGACCGCUACAUGGUGAUCGUGCGGGCGAUGGAGGCGCGCAGGGCCAACCGGCAGGUGCUCAGCUGGGCCGUCUGCGCCGGCGUCUGGCUGGUCGGGGGCCUGCUCUCCCUGCCCGGCUUCUACAGCUCCUCCUUCACGCCCGGCAACUCCACCAACGUGGAGUGUGGCGUGCGGUACGACCCGCAGAGCGCCGACGAGUGGAGGUUGGCCACCCGGAUCCUCCGCCACGCUCUGGGCUUCGUCAUCCCGCUGGCCAUCAUGCUGCCCUGCUACGGCGUCACCAUCCGCCGCCUCCUCCACGUCCGCGGCGGCUUCCAGCGGCAGCGGGCGAUGAGAGUGAUCGUGUGCGUGGUGGCGGCCUUCCUGCUCUGCUGGACGCCGUACCACCUUGCCGUGAUGGCGGACACGUUUUUCCGGCUGAAGGUGGUGGAGUACGGGUGCCUGGAGAGGACGGCGGUGGACCAGGCCAUGUUCGCCACGCAGAGCCUGGGGCUGCUGCACAGCUGCGUCAACCCGGUGCUGUACGCCUUCGUGGGGGAGAAGUUCAGGAGGAAGCUGCUGCAGAAAAUGAGGAAGAUGGGCAUCAUGGACAGAGCGUCGGUCUCAAGAACCAGCAGGUCGUCGGUGUCGUCAGAAAUCACCUCCACCGUCAUGUGAAGACAGAAGCGUCUUGUAACUUCUGUUAUCUUGUGGACUUUGAAAGAAAUGCAUAUUUUUGUACAUCCAGUUGCUUUUUAAAAUUCCUCGACCUUUUGUAAAUACCUCUUUGUAUGUAUUGAUCCAGUUUUCAUCUUAUUUAUAUUGGUUUAACUCGUUUGCCCAUCAGGAAAAAGGCUUUAAGUUAAGCUGGGAACAGUCGUGCUGCCUGUUUUUUUUAUUUUUUUUAGCAGAACUGAGUAGGUGACUGGAAAGUGGAAAAAACAGGUCUGUCAAAAUUUGGGGUAAGUUGUGAAAAUGUUUCAUAACUAGCUUACAGCGUCACAAUGUCUAGUCUGUAACUAUCUGGAGGUGUAAAAAAAAACACCUUCAGAUAGAGAAGAUGUUAGAUGGUGAAAUAACUACUGUGACUGUGGAACAUAGGCAUUUUUUUAAUGUCCUAAAGAUCAAAAUGUUCUUCGUUGAAAAUGUAGUUAAAGUGUAAGACUUUGAGCUGAAGUGUUUGACAUUUUAAAAACUGUGUGUAUGGCUAAAGGUUCCCAUUAAAGUUGAAAACAACGGCU